AUGGAUAAUAAAAAAGAUACAGUUGUAAUUGUUGGAGCAGGACCUGUUGGUUUAUGGACAUCCUGCUAAUUAAUGCUAAGUAACCCUAAAUUAAAUGUUCUUGUGCUAGAAAAGAGGACAGAUUAUGUAAGAGAGCAUAUCCUUAAGCUUAAAAUAAAAUAUAUGAAAACUCCUCGUAUUAAUAAUUAAGCUUUUGAGAAUUUGAAAAAAAAAAUAGAUGGAAAAACUCCAACUAAACUAUUAGAAACUGAGCUAUAAAAUUUUGCAUAGAGUCUGAAUGUAAAAAUUAUCAAGGGAGAAGGUGUUAAAUGCCUGUAAGAUGUUUACAAACAUGUUCCUGAAAAUUAAAUUAUUGCUUUGCUUGGAUGUGAUGGUAGAAGGAGUACAGUAAGAAGUUAAAUUAUGAAAAAGUACAAAAAUGGAGAUAAAUUAAGUGCAUUCUCUAAGAUUUGGCUUCCAAUCAUGUAUCCUUUGAAUAUUAUAAACAGGAUAUGGGCUUUCAAUUUGUUAAAGAAGAAAGCAAAAAUUGAUGAGGAGUUUAAUAUGAUUGAGGAAGAAGUCUUUCUUCACUAACUUAUGUUGAAAUACUCAAUUUAAGGAAAAGGAAAAGCUUUAUCUAAAAUAUAAUAAUAUAAAACUCUUAAGCUACUAAAAUAUCCAGCAACAGAAAUAGUAGGUAAAUAUACCUAAGAAUCAGAUAAAACAGAAGCAACUUGCAUAUUUAUAGUAGAUAACGAAACAGCCUAAACAGUAAAGAAAUUCACACCAUAAAAUCCUGGAAAAUUCAAUCAACUUGAAGGAAAAGUAAAAGAAAGCGUUAAUGUUUGGAUGAAUGCUAAAUAAGAGUUAUUAGGAUAGCAUAUUAUACCUGACUCAGAAAGAUUAGUUUAUGUGCCUAUAUCAGUUUAUUGUGCUUGUGAUUUUAUAGAUUUAUAACAGUCUUUCCCUAUUGGCCUCGUUGGAGAUGCAGCUUAUGGUGUACCAUAUUUUAAAGCUUUGAACACUAGUUUAGAAUGUGGCACAAAAAUGGCAGAAAUACUAACAGACAUAAUAUAAAAAAAUAAAAAACCUUAAGAUAAAUUUAAGGAUUAUUAAAAUUAUAUGUCUGAUAAGGUUUACACUUUAUUUUCAAGCUCAAGUAUGGUAUCUCAUAACUUUAAAAUGGGAAUCUUUGCACUAAAAGUAAACAAUAGCGUACCAUGGUAAUUCAUAAAAUGGUAAAAUGGUACUUUUAAGAAAAAAUUAUUAGAAAACUUUGAUCCAAACCAUGAAGAAAACGAAGAAUAUUAAAAAAUAUAGUCUAAAUAAGAAGCAAAUCCUGAAGACUAUGGUGUUAGCUUAGAUGAAAUUUAAUAUGAAGAAAAAUUAGUUUAAUAAUAACAAUUAUUAUUUGAACAAUAGUAAUAAUAAUUGCAAAAAGAAUAUGAACAACAGUCUUAAUAUUGA